CAGCCGUGUUGAGCAGCACCGCGUCCGUGGAUACAGAUUCAUUUAGCCUCCAGAAUGACCGCAGGCUCGAUUGUGGUGCCAUUCAUAAUUCCUAUUCGGGUUCCUCAUCCUGGCAAAGCCAAGCAUGAAAUAGACACCAACACACCCAUCGAGAUCAAGUCUGACACCCCCGACGUCAGUGUCUUCUAUACUCUGGACGGCACUAAACCGGAGGUGCCACGAAGGCCGGGGCUCAGAGAAAACAGCACCCUGAAAUACACAGAACCCAUACGCUUACCCAGCGGCAAGGUGUGCGUCAGAGCCGUGGCUGUAACCAGCGACGGUCGGCAAAGCGCUGUCGUCACCAAGGUCUUCAUGGUGGAAGGUGUGCCCUCUGAACUGCAGGACGGAAACGCAGAACAGGACCAGAGCGGCUCUGUUUGCACAAAUGGUGCUGAAGAUGCUUCUACAAAACAUUUAGAUUUUCAAACCGGGGGCGUCCGGCACUCUCGUAAAGGCCCUCGUUUUCUGACCCAGCGCCUGCAGACUGCGCCGGCGGCCCCACCCAAGAAAAACACACAGAUUGAUGCUGAUGCAUGCGGUACCCUCAAAAACCUAAACAUCACCCAGAUCUCUCGCAUCCGAAGAGAAACCGAUUUCCUCAGGUGCUACAAGUGUCUGAGCCCUCGGCCCUCUGACCCCUUCGCCCGGUUCUGCCUGCACUGCGGGGCCCCGGUGCUUCCUAUCCCUACACAGAGGCUGCCCCCUACUGAAGGAGGACAGAUGAUCCUGUGUGUACGAUGUAAGAGCCUGGUGCCGGCUAACACAUCCUCAUGUGUGGUGUGUGAAGCUCCCAUAGUUCCUCAGCUCCAGCCGCAAGCAAGCCUGAAGCUGCAAGACAAAUUGAUCUGUCAGUCAUGUGGCACAGGAAACCCAGCUCACAUCACCUACUGCGUUACAUGUGAGGCCAUGCUACAGAAAGCAGACAUGCCUGUGUUCAGUGGACAGCGCGCCCCUCCUGUGCCCUGCACAGAGAGCAAGCCGGUUUCCUGCUCCAAAUGCAGCAGAGUGAACCACUCAGACGCUCGAUUCUGCGACUGGUGUGGUGCUAAGCCUGGCCAUGCCGCCAAAUCUCUUACCUGUUCACAAUGUGGAGCGAGCAGUCACCCGUACGCCAACUACUGUGGAACCUGCGGCGUGUUUCUGGAAGGUCCUCCCCGAGUGCCAGGCUCUACCGCACAGCUCUAUCCACAGGAUGGCGCCGAGGAGUCCGGCCAGAGACAGUCUGCGAGUGCGGGUCGAGCAGCGAGCAGGACGGGGCACGUGGACGCUCAGACGCAGACGGUCGGCCUCUUUUACCCGUCCAGUGCUGAACUGCAAAAGCAGAGCCAGCAGAAAGAAGCGGAGCUUAACAGACAGGGGCGGAUGAGUGACCGAAAGCCUUUGCUGACCGCCAUCAGCCCCGGGCGAGGGUUUUGGAGGAAGCAGCUGGAUCACAUCUGUGCUCACCUGCGCAGUUACACCCAGAACAACAGCGAGUUCAGAGCGCUGGUGGGAGAACCAAGGAUGGGCAGGCUAGUAUCUGCCAUCAUCGAAGAAGACAGCUACGAAGUCAGCCUACGCGUCAAUUUCAUCUUGGCGUCCCUAGACAGAUCCAGGUCAUCUUCAGCUGGUCAGCUGAACGGAUCUACGUACGAGAAACACAACCUCAGCGAUGUUACAGAAAGCAGAAGCAAGCUAGCAACCAGCCUGACCAGCCCGGUGAGUCAGACUGGAGCGUUCGGGAUUAGUGCCAAGAGUCGUAAGGAAAGUGUCCUAAAGACGUUUCAGCCGGAGUCCAAAGACAGCCUGCUGCUGAAGGAACUUGGACCAGACGGGCGGGGCCAAAUCAGUGUUGUGCAGCAGCUAUUGGAUGAGGGUGCCGAUCCAUCAUGUCUAGACGGCGAUGGGCGUACAGCUCUGGCUGCUGCUGUUCUGAACGGGCACCAUGACGUCAUCCCUGUGCUGGUGCAGAAAGGUGCGGAUGUUGACCAACAAUCCGGACCGUUGAAUAACACCGCCCUGCAUGAAGCCGUGGCUCUGGGGGCCCGGGGCUUGCAGAGUGCAGAAAUCCUGCUUGGAUGCAAUGCGAGCUUGAGGAAGCUAAACAAUCGAGGUCGGACGCCGUACGAAAUGGCAGAGGCUACAGGAUGCAGCUCCAUGAUCUCCCUACUUGCACCCGGAUACGGCUCGCUGAACCCCCGGACCACCUCUGGACUAGACACGUUUUCCUAGAUGCUUUCAGUUUAGGGGUGAAAGGUUGUGCAAUGCAAAAACUAUAGAUUUUUUUUUACAAACAAUUCUAGAGAUAAGAGAUAAGUCUGUUCUUGUGUUUUUAUUCACAUUAUCAUGGAAAUGAUUUGCAUUCAAGGCUUUUUGUUCCCCCUGCGCAUUAAAUUUUAAGGGUCAAGAAGAAAAA